AUGAGUGGUAUUAGUUUGCCUUAUGUUUCUGCUGAUGCAGCAAUACUAGUACUUAUUAGAGGUGAAAGUGCAUACUAUUGGAUGUAUAAGGUUAUGGGUUGUAUUGAAGCAAUUAUACAAGAUGACACUGCAAAAGGCAGCAUUACCAAUAUUGAUGCUCUUAAUACACGGUUAGAAAAUCAGGUUCCUAAUGGAGGUGGGCCAGAGUCACAGGGUGUUUCAUCUCAGGUUCCUGCUGCUUUCAGAAAUUUUUCUUUGUCCCAGAAGGAACGAACUCUUGAUGAGCUAGUACGUGAUAAAUGGCUAUGUCCAACCUCAGAUGGUAGGAUUGGACUUGGUGUUAGAUCCUUUUUGGACCUAAGGAGCUGGUUUCGUAGUAAUGAUGUUCCUGCUUGCGAUGUCUGUAAUGAGGCUGGAGUGAAGGCAGAUCCAUGUUCAAAUGAAAGUUUUAAUGUUCGCAUCCAUAACUACUGUCUGACGAGGAAAUUUUCCCAAAGAAAGGCGGAGAGGAUCUGUCCCGGUUUUGGCACACACUGGAAUUAUUCAGUGCCCAAAAGUGAAUUUGUUGUACAUGAGGAGGAGCUGCAAAAUGGAAACUCUCAGAACGAACCACCUCCUGAACCCCCCAGGAGGAAGAAGCAGAGACGCGGCAGAACUGAGGACGACACUAGUGGAUCUGGUCCCUCUCAGACUUGCACAGUCAAAUCUGAAAUGAGGACAACCAGGCGUUCUUCACGGCUAGUCGGUGCCAGCCAAAAUUAA